AAUAUAUAUUUUCAAUUCUCAACCAAAAAAAAAACCUUUGGUGACUAGGACUACGUUAAAUGGAGGGGGAGGGAACUUGAAACUUAGAGGGUGGUUUUUCAGAAUUUUUUAUUUUACACAACAGGUACCGAACGUUAUAAACUGAGGCGGCCGGCCUGAGUAUUGAUUUUCUCUUUUGCACUUGUGACUCGGCCAAUAUAGUAGCUGUCAAGUAGGUACCUCCUAUAUAGUACUUCAAUUGGAACAUGCAGCAUCUCUUAACCGAUAUUCUAUUACUUAAUAAAAUGUAGAUAGAGUUCGUUUGAUGUCCAUGUUGAAUAUUUUGUAAUGAAUAAACAAUUGUUAUUCGCUAUUAAUAAUUACGGAAAAAUAUUUUCGUUGGCCACGUCAAACGAUCAGUGGGUACAAUUUCCUAACGCCUGCAUAGAUUUAAAACACAUUUCCGCCAUUGAGAAUUUUAUUUGGUCCAUCGGAAGUGAUAAUCAAACAUACCUUUUGGUGCACAAUUUAACUGAAGCCAUUCAGAUCAAAGAAGAGGUGUAUGAAAACGAGAGAUGGAUACCCGGCGGAAAUUUUUCAAAAAGACUAUUGCCCACAGAUAGGUAUUGUUGGUCAUCUGAAAAUGGCAAAGACGAGAAAUUCAAAGAAAAUAUAAAACUGCCGUCGUUUCUCUGGCAGUGGGAACACGAAUGGAAAUUGCAAACAACAUUGGACGAUCAAGAUUUAGAUGAUGACGGAUGGACAUAUGCAAUAGAUUUUUAUGCUACUUUUUACCCACAAAAACGAUGGAACUCGUAUGUUAGACGAAGAAAAUGGUUCAGGACUAGGAUUUACACUGGUGUUAACUCUUGGUGUAUAAUUUCACCUUUGCACAGAGAUUUCACACAGGAACCGUUCAUUUGUGUGUCUAUUGGAGGAAAUAAAAUACCUGGUUCACAAUCUGGUUUUAUGAUGGUGUGGGCUGUCACAGCACAAGGCAGGAUUUUUUACAGGAAAAAUGUAAACAAAAUGUUUCCUGAAGGGUCCCAAUGGUUAUGUGUCCCCGCCAAAGAGGGAAGUGAGGCUAGAUAUAUAGAAUGCAGUCCUACAGGCUCAGUCUGGGUAGUCAUGUGGAAUGGUAUUUUACUCGUAAGAAAGGGAGUUGAUGCUAAAUUACCUCAAGGUAGAAGUUGGGUGGUUGUUGCUUCUCCGGAAUCCGAUUCCAAAAUUAUUCAAUUAUCUGUAGGAUGUCAGACAGUUUGGGCUGUGACGAACGAUUCAAGAGUAUGGAUUAGAAAAGAUGUUGAAAAUAAUAUUGAGGGUACUUGUUGGGCUAAAUUAAACACAAGUAUGCUAUCUGUGUCUGUCAGCCCCAAUGACCAAGUGUUUGCUGUGGGAUUAGAUCGUCAUUUAUACUUUAGGAACGAAGUGACCAAAAGCAAUCUUAUUGGAAACAAAUGGAUUUGUAUUAAAGCUACUAUUAAACCAAAAUCAUACCAAGAAAAAAAAUCAGAUCAGGAAGAAACGUUUGUAUCAUCUUCUUCGUUUACCCAAGUGGCUCAUUCUGCUCCUAUGUGUCUUACUGAAAAUGGAUCUAGAGGAGCUUUGGACUUAAACAUUAAGGAAAUUAAUCCUUCCCAUCGCAGAGUGUCUGCUUGGAGCCCCAAACACAGUAUUGGCUCAUUGGUUGGAACAGAAGCUAAACCAACACAACUCGAAAACAAAAAUAAUGUGUCAAUAGAAAAUACAAAUACUAUAUUUUGGAGUGAAAUAAUAGCUGGUGCGGUUGAACCAAAUCCUGAAUUUAUAUACCAAUGGUUGAAAGUAAAUAUGGAUUGCAAACAAGUUUUCAAGAGUAAAUGGAGAUGUAUGAUUUUAGAUUCUUUAAAAAAUUUAAGACUACAAGAAAAACAAUUUCAGCAUUUUGCAUGUGCUUUAUAGUCACUUUCAAAAUUCAUAUUAUUUGGUUAACUGAUAAAAACUUUAAUGGUUUGGCUAAUUAAAAUUAAAUACACAUACUACAUAAUAUUUUAUCAAUUGGUCGAUAACCUGUUUAAAAAAUUAAUACUUAUUAAAGUUAUUAACAAAUAAUAUGUCAGUUUUGAAGUUA